AUGAUGACUACAAGAAUAAAAUCGUACAAUGAAUAAUUUGAUAACGUCAAUCUUUUGAUUGAAGUUGAUUAUAAGUCUUAAGAAAUAACUUAUAGUUACUUUGAAUGCUAGUAUUCUGAAUCUUCUUAAAUUAUUGUCAAUUCUUAAAUCAAACUAAUAUUAAAUAUUUUCUUGAAAUUUAAUUAACUUAAGCAAUCUUAUUUAGGUAAAUUUAUGUUUUGGAAUUUCUGUUUGUUUUUAGUAUUGAUGAAGUACGCAAUGAGGAUUAUUAAAUCAAAUUAUAAUCAAACGAUUUAUUAACUAAAUUCUAAACUUGUAAUUUUAGGUAUAUAUGGAAUUUUAAAUCUCGCCUAAUAAUAAUUUAGUUUAGUGUAAUGUAUUGCUUAUAAAUGA